GCGUGGACGGACGUGCUUCCCUUCCGCUCGCGUGCCAUCACAGUGCAGGAUAAAGAGAGGGAGAGGAUUCUCAUGAGGAAACUUACUCAUGAGAAAGAAGGUUCAAGUACGGACGUCUUGAAUGAUAGGUAGAACUGCUGAGAGUACUACAGUGAGGACCUUACGCGUGUGGCGAAGUUUGAACACGAACAGGUGGCAAAACAAUAUGUCAUUUUGGCGUUCUUAAUGACAUUGUUAAUUUUGCGUGCUAAUGCAAGAAAUCUUCACACGCUUACCGCCAUUAAGGUGGCACAUUACUAAAACCGAGAACGUGGCAGUUUCUCAUUCAUGAAGAGAGGCUGCGAAUGCGUGAUUGAGAGGCUGGGAGCGUGUUCCUGCAGCGGGCUCUGAGUCACCCUCGUCUUAAGGUCUGAAACAUAAGAAUGACAUGGUGCUAACCGGGGUGCCGACCCUGAUGGUGGCGCUGGUCCUGGGCACGUCGGCGAGCCCACUGCCUGUGCGUGUGUCCCCGACGGCUUCCCACCAGGAGAGGUUGAAGGCCGCGCGUGCUCUCCUGCAGGAGUCUCCCUUAGUCGACGGCCACAAUGACCUAGCCUGGAACGUCCGCAUGAUCCUGCACAACAAGCUCCGCACCUUCAACCUCUCCAGCGACCUGACCCAAGACAAGCCAUGGCGGAAGUCCCCUUAUUCACAGACAGACCUCCCGCGCCUGCGCAAGGGGCACGUGGCGGCGCAGUUCUGGUCCGUCUACGUCCCUUGCGAGGCGCAGUACAUGAACACGGUGCAGUUGUUGCUCGAACAGAUUGACGUCAUCAAGAGGAUCAUAGCUGCCAGCCCCAGGGAGACGAAGCUGGUGACGUCGUCGGGAGAGAUCCUCGAAGAAUUCGGAUGCGGUCGCGUGGCCAGCCUGUUGGGCGUGGAGGGAGGCCACGGGCUCGGCAGCAGCAUGGGCGUGCUGAGGGCGCUGUACGACUUGGGCGUGCGCUAUCUGACGCUCACCCACAAGUGCCACACGCCAUGGGCCGAGUGUUCGGAGACGAUUAACCACGUGGCACCCAAUGCUCCAGGACUCACGCAGUACGGCAAGGAGAUGAUCCUGGAGAUGAACCGGCUGGGGAUGAUGAUCGACCUCUCCCACUCCUCCAGCCAGACGGCGCGGGAUGUCCUGGCCACCACCCGGGCCCCCGUCAUCUUCUCGCACUCCGCCGCCUACGCCCUCUGCGACGCCCCGAUGAACAUACCUGACGACGUCAUCAGCGCUUUGGUGGAGAAUGAUGGUGUCAUUAUGGUGAGCUUCUACAACGAUUUCCUCACGUGUGGGAAGCCGAGCAACAUAGCCAGUGUCAUUGAACACAUCAAUCACGUGCGCACGAUGGCGGGCGUCGAUCACGUGGGCGUGGGCGCUGGCUACGAUGGCAUUAAUAGGACCCCCGCGGGCCUGGAGGACGUGUCCAAGUAUCCCGAGCUGUUCGCCGAGCUCCUCCAGGACCCGUCGUGGUCGCUGCAGGAUCUCAAGAAGCUCGCCGGGCUCAACUUCCUGCGGGUCUUCGGGAAGGUGGAGGAGGUGAGCCAGCACCUGUCGGAGGAGAAGCCGUCGGAGGAGAUCAUCCCGAUCCACGACAUCGACGCCAAGUGGCCGUGCAGGUACAAGUUCGCCAGCCUCGACAACGCCCUCAUCUGACCUAGUGUGACCUUAUUCGGAGACGCGGCUUAGGAAGGAGGGGAGGCCUGGGUCUGCUGGUUUUUUUUUUUUUGGGGGGUUUUUUUUGGAGGGGGGGAAUCUUUUCGUUUUUUAG